GAUACAAGUAUCACCAAUUACGGUAUCUUAAAGUGGGCGUAGCUGCUUGCUGCAAAAGCAAAACAAAAAAAGAUGCAAACAUGGAAACCAAUGUGGGAAAAGUCUCAGGAGAAAAAAAGAGCUGGAAAAAGACAUGCUAGGAACUUUGCUUCUGGCUACGUUAAGAUAGAUGAGUAUCACUUACUAAGAACAGGGCUGAGAGGUAGGAAAAGGUGGCUGUUCUGCUGUGGUGCAUCACUACUCUUACUCAUAGCUGUUGGAAAUUUAGUGCUCAAUUGCUUAUUGCUGUCAGUAUUGGAUAUUAGGCAUAAUGGACUGCCAUAUAUGGUGUUAGGCUCCAAUAAUAGAGUAAUAUUUCCACUGUCAUUGAGGAGUUCACUAGUGCAGCUAAUGAAUGGAGUAUCCAGCUAUGACAAUGCAUCAACUUCAAUAACAUCAUCAUCACUUGUAAUACUGUCAUCAGGGCCUUUACGCAUAGAGCAAGGGUCUUCAACUAUAUUAAAUUCAUCACAAAUAUUUUUAGAUCGUGACUUGGCGAGAUUCAGACCGUAUGAAUCUUUUGAAAUUUAUGACAAAACAAAUCAGCUGUUGAUUUCUAUCAACGAGACCAAAAGUGUCUUCCAAAGCUCACUCUCCAUGCUUAGUCUUGAUGCAAGUAGGAUUGCAGCAAAAUCUAUUAUGACUGAAAGUAUAAGUGGGAUAAGGACAACACUAUCUGCAGAUUCACUCCAAGCAAACUCUGAGAAAAAUAUAGCCAUUAAGAGUACACAGGAUAGUAUCAGAGCUUAUGCAACAGAUUAUGUUACUCUAGAUGCAAGAAAUGGCAUACAUUUUCCCAGUAUUCCCGUAUCUAAUGGUAACAGUGCUGGUACUAGCAGUAAUUACCAACUAUGUGUCUGCAAUAAUGGGAAACUUUUCCGUGUUCCUGAGACUUGCUCAAGAGCAAAUGAAAUAACUGACCCGUGUGAACUAUAAUGAAGCUUUCAUAUUUAUAAUACUCCUAUUUUUCACAUAUAUUAGCAAUAAAUUUUUAACCAAAAAA